AUGAACUCCACCACACCAGGAGCUUCCACCAACUCAACAGCCCCUUCCAGAUUGCAAUUGAGGAAUCUGGAAAUGUGUGUGUUCAGCAUCAAUUUGCUGUUUGGUCUUCCCACACACUCCUACAUUAUAUGGCUCAUCAUCACAGGAAGUGGAGUUGCAUCAGAGUUCUUCAACCUCAAUCUCUCUGUUUGUGAGAUUGGUGUCUGUCUGGAUCAUUUGUUUUUUAUACUGUUUCAUUGGAUUUCAGUUCUUGCGCCAUUAGCACUGCUUUUGCAAGGACUGGGCAUCACUGGUCGUCCUCUGUUUCAGUGUCUGAUGUGUGUUGAGCGUUACCUGGCAGUGGUUCAUCCUGUAACCUUUCUGAAGUACAAACCUCUCAGAUAUAGAGUGAUCUGCUGCACUGCGGCCUGGAUAAUCACGCUUGGCUCCUGUUUGGUCUGCCUGAUCACAUUAAUGACAUAUAAUAUUAAUGCACAUGCAUGGUUGUUCUUGCUGCAGUUUCUACUCUUCUUCUUCAUUCAGUUGUUUUGUCUUGUGGCUGUUCUCAGAGCUCUGAAGCAGUCAGGACCAGGAGAGAGAAGAGGGGAGGAAAACCACAUGAAGAGAAGAGCAUUUUAUCUCAUUCUAAUAACUACUGUGAACAUGGUUAUCGCAUAUGUGCCAAUAAUUAUCUCAGGAGUAUCUAUAAUUCUGAAAAACGAGUAUGAUUUGACAUUUUGGGGUCCUGGUUUGGUUUGUUUUAGUCUAGCUGGUUUUGUUCAGCCUGUUCUUUAUCUGCACCGCACUGGAAAACUCUCCUGCCUCUCUUCCUCAUAA